AUGGGAAUGAUUCUCAUCUUGACGCUUCUGGAUCAUUGGCUUUGCAAGGAACCCAAGAUGGAAGGCAAACGAUAUGCGUACUUCGACUUCGCGCAGACAGACCGGUUGCAGCGAUUGUCGUCGUCAACCCCCCGAGACCCUGAGCGACAGGAUCAGCUGCUCGCCCUCCGUGGAGCCACGCGGAAUCAUCGUGUCCGUAUUGCCCUCGUUUCUCAAGGGGCGGAAACAAUUCCCAUGCUCCAUUAA